GCCUAUUUGGACCAUAUCCUAAGCCCGCUGUGACCCAAAGCCAAACCCCUUCCCUCUCCCUUCACAACUCCUUAUCUUCUCCAUCUCUCUCUCUCUAGGGUUAUGGCUUCUUCGAAUGCUCUCUUGAAGCCAUUUUCAAUGGCAGAAAGCUGCUUAACCUCUGUACCAACUACACUCUUCACCACCAAAACCCCACACCCGCUCCUCUCACUCCCACCAAAGCCCGUCAGACUCUUUCACCUCUCCUGCUCGUGUUCCUCUUCAUGGGUCUCCCUCAAAACCAAGACUUCACCGACCACUUUGGUCCCAUUUGUGGCACAGACCUCGGACUGGGCUCAGCAGGAGGAGGAGGAAGAGAAGGGUGGGUUGACGUGGGACAGUGAAGGAGGGGAAGAGAUUGAGGCUUCUGGCUCUGAGGAAGCUUGGGAGGGUGAGGUUGGGGAAGAUGGAGAAGAGAGUGAAGGGAGUGAAGAUACUUACAGUGAGCCGCCUGAGGAGGCUAAGCUUUUUGUGGGGAAUUUGCCUUAUGAUAUUGAUAGUGAGAAAUUGGCUCAGCUUUUUGACGAGGCUGGAGUUGUGGAGAUUGCAGAGGUAAUUUACAAUAGAGAAACAGAUCAGAGUCGUGGGUUUGGGUUUAUAACAAUGAGCACUGUUGAAGAGGCCGAAAAGGCUGUGGAGAUGUUCAACCGAUAUGAUUUAAAUGGAAGGUUUUUGACCGUCAAUAAGGCUGCUCCAAGAGGGUCACGUCCAGAACGACCUCCGCAAGCAUUUGAACCUUCAUUCAGAAUUUAUGUUGGCAACCUGCCAUGGCAAGUGGAUGAUGCUCGUCUGGAGCAAGUGUUCAGUGAGCACGGUAAGGUGGUUGAUGCCAGGGUAGUCUAUGACCGAGACACUCAACGUUCACGUGGAUUUGGCUUUGUGACAAUGUCCAGUGAGACAGAACUGAAUGAUGCCAUUGCUGCUCUUGAUGGACAGGUUAUAUGCAUGCCUCCUGUUUCAUAUAUAAGUUUUGAAAUUUCUAUUUUCCUCUCAAAUGAAACCCAUACUUAGAGAGCUAGGAACCACGCAGAGGUCAAUAGUCAGUCUAGUGAAAUUAUCACAGCCCUAUUUGAUGCUUGGAGAGCAGUCCAUAAAAAUUUGGUGGUCAGAAGGAUGCAAUCUCUUUAUGGAUAUCAAUGCAACCUUGAAGAUAUCAUUCGGGGAAUUCCACCCAAAAAUGGAGUCGUCUUGAAUUUCCUACCGAUUAAACCUGGGUAAAACUUAGUUGCAACAGCUUAUGGUAGUUCAGCAUUUUUUAGGGCUUUAAACUCAAUAGAAGCUUUUAACCUGGCCCUUUUGAAUUAUGGAAAGUGGAAAAGAUGAGAAAAAUUAAAAAUAAAACACAAUAAAGGACCGUGAGUAAUUGCUGAUUCUUGCAGACACCUUGAACUGAAGAUUCUUUUUCCGCUUUUCUGGUAGAAGCAUGUUCAAAGUGAACAAGUAAAACAUAGUUUGAAUGACAUUCAGCAAAGAACUUCUUUGAUUUGUUUCUAUUAUAUAUUUUAAGACUUAAGUGGGCUUGCUAUUUUCAUUUGAUCACAACAAUUGAUCUGUUGGGGCUAGUGAUUUACCAGCUUCUCAUUUUAGUAAACAUACAGCCUGAUUUUACAUUUCUUGGUGUUGCAGAGUUUGGAUGGCAGGGCAAUCAGAGUAAAUGUUGCAGAGGAACGGCCGAGGCGUGGCUCCUAUUAAUUUCUGGAGGUUGUUUUUUGAGAGGUUUACCUGAACACUUAAAGGUCCAGUGUCUCCUUUUUGACAGAAGAUAUCUUAGGGCACUUUUUAUGUUCUCUGUUUUAUUAUUUAUAAUUACCUUUUUUAAGGGGAAAAAAGGCUCAAAGAAAUGGCAAGUUUUGUAUUAGGAGUUGGAAGCUACUCAAGUUUUCUUGUGAUUACAUUUAGAAUGCAUUUAGCAGUGAUUUUAGGAAGUA